AUGGGAGGGCUUCCCGCUUCUCGGGUUAACCCGUCGCUGCCGUUCGACCACACCGUUGUGGACUACGGCGGUCCCUUUAAUGUUCUUCCGUUGAUCGGGCGCGGACAAAAACCAAGAAAGAACUACGUCGCUUUAUUCAUUUGCCUCGCCACGAGGGCCGUGCACCUCGAGCUGGUCGAAGACUGUUCCGCGGACGGUUUUCUGGCCGCGUUCUGUCGGUUCUCGUGUCGCCGCGGGUUGCCGCGUCGGAUGUACAGUGAUAACGGUACCAAUUUCCACGGUGCCGACCGCGAACUGCUACGGCAAUUUCACGCGUUGAAGGAUCACCCCGCAAUGCGAGAUGUUCUCGCCGCCGACGGCGUGGAAUGGGAGUUCGUCCCGUCGGCCGCUCCGCAUUUUGGCGGUCUGUGGGAAGCCGGAGUGAAGAGCUUCAAAGCUCACUUAAAGCGAGUCGUCGGGGCUGGCACUAUUUCUCGGGCGGAAUUCGCGACGCUUCUGUGUCAAAUAGAAGCCUGCUUGAACUCGCGUCCGAUUGCUGCUCUCAGCGACGACCCCAGCGACAUGUCCGCGCUCACGCUCGGACACUUUUUGAUAGGGCGUCCGAUAAUCGCGGUUCCGGAGGAGUCCGUGCUCGAGAUCAAUCCGGACCGCCUUUCCUGCUGGCAGCUAGUGAGCUCCAUGCGGGAGCAAUUCUGGCGUGCCUGGUCGCAUGAUUAUUUGUUGUCGCUUCAGACGAGAACCAAGUGGCGAGACGCCGCGCCAAAUUUAGAAGUCGGUGAUCUCGUCAUUGUAAAGAACCCUUUGCUCCCUCUGAGCAAAUAG